AUGUUUGGCGAUAAGGAUAUGAGCGAGCAUGGCAAAUCUAUAGAGCAAUACUCGAGAUAUUCUGUUGCGCUAAACAGAACCAUUCAACAGCACCAGCUAGGACUCAGUCGCAGCAGUCCAUCCACAAGGAAUAUAUUCCAUGAAUCGGACAAGCGUCAAUGUGCAGUCCAUCUUCGAGUCAGACCUCUCUCGUCACUAGAACAACAACAACCCCAUCUAGUCACUGCAAUCCACUGCAGUCCUACUGAGACUGUGCUCUACUAUCCUUUCUUUCGUAUUGUCACUGACCCCUCUUUAGAUAUUCACUCCUUCUCAUUUGAUGGAAACCACGGCCCUACCACCCAUAAUGACUGUGUCUAUAAAGAUGCAGUCGAUGGUGUGAUGGAUUUUAUACUAAGAGACCAGUUGGGUGGUUUGGUAACUGUAUUUGCUUAUGGACAGACUGGCUCUGGAAAGACUUACACAAUGUCCUAUUUGGCUGAUCGCAUCACUCAAGAUCUGCCCUUCAAUACUCACUCCAUCUCCAUCUGCAUGCUUGAAAUCUUGGGUGAUGCUGUCUCUGACCUGCUCUACGACCCAUCAGACACUUCUCCCUCUUUGGUACGUGUCUUGGCUAAUGCUAAAGGGUCUGUCGUUGUUUCUGGUGCAUCUGAAGUGUCCGUCAUUAACUCUACAGAGGCUCAGCUUGCUAUCACUGCCGGAUUCAAUGCCAGAUCCUCUUCUGCUACAUUCAAAAACGACUCAUCUAGUCGCAGUCACUUGGUUUGCCAUAUUCGUCUCGUAGAUCGUGUUUCGGGAGUGUCUUCUGGUAUUAAGCUUGUGGAUCUGGCUGGCAGUGAACGCGCUGCUGAUACAAACCACCAUUCUGUCGAUCGCAUUAAAGAAUCCGCAUUGAUUAAUACUUCGCUUAUGGCUUUGAAAGAGUGUCUAAGGAAACGCAGUAGUGGUGAUUCCGCUGCAUACAUUCCUUUUCGUAAUUCUAAACUUACUUUGUUGUUGAAAGACUCAUUGGACUUGUCACAUACACAGCCAACAAAAACUAUCAUGAUUGCAUGUGUUGCACCAACAAUUGCUGAUAUAUCCCACUCGCUUAAUACAUUCAGAUAUGCUUCAACUCUCACCACUGACUCGAAUGAAAGCACUCAGGGAUCUCACUUGAAACCCAAAAAGUCGGCACUUGUUCCACCACCAUCUGCUAAAUCCAAACUCACUCCGAUGGCUUGGUCUGUAUCUAAACUUGAUCAGUGGCUAUCAACCAAAUCCAAAAAUGGUGCGACAUUGCCAGAGUUACUUGGAAAAGAUGGUGAUACUCGCUUGGCCUCGGUAGGCAAAUUUAUUCCUCCACCUUGGAAAUUCAUCUAUGAUUUAACACCCGAGCAAUGGGUGAAACGACUGAAUGCACGUAUGGACGCAAAAGAAGUUGAUACACUGAGAAAAGCCUAUCGUAUGCUAUUUGUUCAGGCUAGAGCCAAAGAUCCUGGGAAUCCUGUCGACUCGUCUACCGUGCAAUCCAUUCUGCUUGUUGAAGACACUGCAAUGGAUGCAGUGGGUGUAGGAAAAGAAAACGCUACACCUGCAGUGUCGUCCUUGGAAAAACGCAGACUGUUGGCUAUGGAGAAACUAAAGGCAAAAGGAAACGCUGCUAGAGAAAAGGCUAAUGAUGCCUUGGAUACUCGUGUUCAUGGCACUCGAUCUACGAUUAAAUCUAAAAAGACUUCUGCCCUUGCUACAAAAUCCACCAUGACUACUCGUUCGUCUAAACCAGCUUAAACCCUUUGAUAUAGUGAGAAUGAAUUUGAACAAUUCCACAAGAUUUG